CUUUUUGCUUUGAUGCUCUGACAGUGAAAGCUCUUUCAUUCUCUUUUGACCUUAUUUGAUUACUAGUAAUACAAACACAUUAGCAACAUUGCUGUGAUUCAAAUCUACAGUCUCUCUCUUCUUCAACCCUUCCCAACCUUUAUAUAUUUGGACCUUUCUUCCCAUUCAUCCUAUCUUUUCUUCUCUUCCCCCCUUUGAUUGGAUUCCUUCAAUUUGAGCCAAAGGGUUGUCUUCUUUUGAGUCAUAUCAUCCAAAGCUGUUGUCUUUUUUUAAUUUGGUUUUUGGGUUGUUGGGUCAGUGUUUGAGUUUUGAAGCUCAGUUGUAUUGUCUGUGCUGUGUUUUUUUUUUUUUUUUCAUUAGUCUUUUUCUUUUUCCCCAGCAUUUUGGUUUUGGGUUUUGAUGUUCGGUUUGUUCUUGAACAAAAAUCUAGUAAUUUCUCAUUUGGGUAUCUAGCAUUUUGAUUUUUCUUUUCUUUCUUGUAUGAUGGGAAGCUUUCUAGGUACUGUUUGUUUGAUUUUCGUUUGAAUCUUUCUCAAUCUGUCUGACCAAAGGUUCUAGUCUUUCAAUUUGAGUAUUGUUUGCGUUUGAUUCCUUCCAGUUUGGUGCUCAAAUCAUGUAACGCAUGUGUUUGAAUGCUAGAUUUAAGGUUGUCGUGACACAACGUUGAUUUGUAAACAUAGCAUCGAUGGCCCGGCAUCCUUAAGGCCCAUUUCUUGAUAGUUUUCUUUGUGUUUUCCGCCCGUUUUCUUUCAAACCAUGGAGGAGACUUUUGUGCCUUUCCGUGGAAUCAAGAACGAUCUUCGUGGAAGGUUGAUGUGUUACAAGCAAGACUGGACAAGUGGUUUUAGUGCAGGGAUCAGGAUUUUGGCUCCCACGACAUACAUAUUUUUCGCCUCCGCAAUCCCCGUCAUAUCGUUUGGCGAACAGCUGGAGAGAAAUACAGAUGGGAUCAUAACUGCAGUUCAAACAUUGGCGUCCACUGCACUUUGCGGGAUCAUACACUCAAUCAUUGGCGGUCAGCCUUUACUGAUUCUCGGUGUAGCAGAGCCCACAGUACUUAUGUACACCUUCAUGUUUAACUUCGUUAAAGAUAGACCGGAUUUGGGACGAAAGCUGUUUCUAGCAUGGAGUGGGUGGGUAUGCGUGUGGACUGCAUUGUUGCUGUUCUUAUUUGCUAUUUUGGGGGCAUGCUCCAUUAUCAAUAGGUUUACCCGCAUAGCCGGCGAACUGUUUGGUAUGCUUAUCGCGAUGCUCUUCAUGCAACAGGCUAUCAAAGGACUUGUGGAUGAGUUUCGCAUACCCCAACGAGAAAAUCGAAAUUCGAUAGAAUUCAUACCUUCAUGGAGGUUUGCCAACGGGAUGUUUGCUUUGGUCCUGUCAUUUGGACUUCUAAUCACAGCAUUAAGAAGCCGAAAAGCACGAUCAUGGCGAUACGGGGCUGGUUGGCUGCGAGGCUUCAUUGCAGACUAUGGAGUGCCCUUGAUGGUUCUAGUCUGGACUGCCAUUUCUUAUAUACCUUCAUCCAGUGUUCCAAGCAAGAUCCCGAGGCGGCUUUUCAGCCCGAAUCCGUGGUCUCCAGGUGCAUAUGAGAACUGGACAGUCAUCAAGGAAAUGCUAGAUGUGCCCAUACUCUACAUAGUCGGAGCUUUCAUUCCAGCAACGAUGAUUGCCGUGCUUUAUUAUUUCGAUCACAGCGUAGCAUCUCAACUUGCUCAGCAAAAAGAGUUCAAUCUGAGAAAGCCGCCUUCAUUUCAUUAUGAUUUACUACUCCUGGGGUUUAUGGUCAUUUUAUGUGGUCUUAUUGGAAUUCCUCCAGCCAAUGGUGUCAUCCCACAAUCUCCAAUGCACACAAAGAGCCUGGCUACUCUUAAGCAUCAGUUGCUUCGCAAUCGACUGGUGGCCACAGCACGUAAAAGUAUGAGUAAGAACGCAAGCUUAGGACAACUGUAUGGAAAUAUGCAAGAAGCUUAUCAACAGAUGCAGACCCCAUUGAUCUAUCAGGAACCAUCAGCUCGAGGAUUGAAAGAAUUGAAAGAUUCAACAAUCCAAUUGGCUUCAAGCAUGGGGAAUAUCGAUGCGCCAGUUGACGAGUCAGUGUUUGAUGUCGAUAAGGAAAUCGACGAUCUUUUGCCUGUCGAAGUAAAAGAACAGCGGUUGAGCAACUUGAUGCAGUCAGCAAUGGUGGGGGGAUGCGUUGCUGCAAUGCCAAUUCUUAGAAGGAUUCCGACAUCGGUGCUUUGGGGUUACUUCGCCUUCAUGGCUAUUGAAAGUCUACCCGGUAACCAGUUUUGGGAAAGGAUACUUCUGCUUUUCACUGCCCCAAGCAGAAGAUACAAAGUGCUCGAAGAGUAUCAUGCCACCUUUGUGGAAACAGUGCCUUUUAAGACGAUCGCAGCUUUUACGGUCUUCCAGACAGCUUACUUGCUGAUAUGCUUUGGUAUAACAUGGGUUCCUAUAGCUGGGGUUCUGUUUCCUUUGAUGAUCAUGCUUUUAGUUCCCGUGCGACAAUACAUGCUACCCAAGUUCUUCAAGGGGGCCCAUCUUCAAGAUUUAGAUGCAGCAGAGUAUGAAGAAGCGCCAGCUUUACCUUUCAACCUAAUAGCUGCUGAUGUAAACUCCGGUAUGAGGGCUUCUUUCGCAGAGGAUGGAGAGAUCCUCGAUGAGAUGAUUACUCGAAGCCGAGGAGAAGUUAGGCGUAUGUGUAGUCCAAAAGUAACCAGUUCGACUGGAACCCCGGUUGCAGAUUUGAAAGGCGUUCACAGCCCACGUCUUUCAGAGAAGGCAUACAGCCCCCGGUUAACUGAGCUGAGACGAGAACAAAGUCCUCAAGUCGGUGGAAGUGGGCCACACAGUCCAAGAGCAGGUGAAGCAAGACCAUCAAAAUUGGGACUGGAUUCUAAGAACUCAACUCCAAAGUAGAAAGGAUACGAGUUGAACACAAGGUUUUCGCAGCAGUUGUAGUUGCUUCCUUUGCUUUUUU